AUGAAGACUGAUAACUAUCUCGCUCUGUGCCUCGAGCAGGCUGCCAAGUCUCCCCUCCACUACCGCCAUGGCGCUAUUGUCGUACGCGGCGGGAAAGUGAUAGGCACGGGCUACAACUGCUACAAGCCUGGCUUCGAUGGCGGUGCGCUCAAGCACGGUCGCAUCGCGAACGGCGGCUUGGACGGCGAAGCUAUCGCCGCUUUAAAGCUCAAGAUGAAGGCCUUGAAGCAAAAGGACAAAAAUCAGCAGGACCAUCCGCAGCCGCAGCAGCAGUCCAGCUUUGUCCCCGUGGAGGCUACGUCYCGGGGUGGAGCUGGUGGUGGUCCAAAUGCCAAUACGCCACUGUCGAUGCACAGUGAGAUGAUGGCCAUCCACUCAGCCAUUGCCGCAUCCUCCACCCUGUCUUCCACGGCCUUCUCGCGCGAAAAACCGUGCUUCAAACUACCGAGUGGUGAUAAACGUAAAUCCCGACUACGAGCCGACGUGCUCCGGGCCUACGUUGCCCAGGUCUGCCAGACGGAGAUGCGUUCAGGCCAGCUGCAGGUUCAAGAGUGCGGUUUUGAAACCACAUAUCAACCAAGUGCGGUCGGAGUACAAAGACGACAACAACAGCAACGGGGAGGAGAACGCGAAUGGGUCCGCGCUGGCGGAAACGGACAAUGCGUUUCAAGCAGGCGUGAGUGGUGCGAAACAUCACUGGAAGAAGAACUGGAAGGGAAAACAUCAUCAGAAAAAGAGUCAGUACGAGGGAAAGUACCAUCGGUACGAGUACGAGGCGGAACAUGGACAACAGCAACAGCCGCGGUCWUCUGCGUGUAA